AGGCGGUGGAUGAGAGAACUGGCGCAGCUGCCGUUGUGGCAGCGGCUGAAGUGGAGGUGGCGGCUGCAACAGCUCCAGGCUCGGGGCUUCGACGGCGGCGCCACCGGCAGGCUGGGCUGCACGGUGCCGAGCCUGGCGCGCGAUCCGGGUUGCUGGGGCAGCGUAAGAUGCCUCAAAUGGAGGAGUUUCUGAGAAGCACCUCUGGGCCAGUGGCUUUGAAAGGGAGCUUAAAGAAGAGACUCUUUACAGUCCUGAGCAUCACAUCCUGAGGACAACAGGAGAGAAGAACAUGGCCAUGAAUUUAGAUGACGACGUUCCCCUCAUCCUGACCUUGGAUGAAGGUGGCAGUGGCCCCCUGGCUCCCUCCAAUGGCCUGGGCCAAGAGGAGCUGCCUAGCAGAAACGGAGGCAGCUAUGCCAUCCACGACUUCCGGGCCCCCAGCCUGAGCUCAGAGGGUGAGGGCUUCCCCUCGAGCCCCACUGGACACAACUGGGAGAUGAACUAUCAAGAGGCAGCGAUCUACCUCCAGGAAGGUGAGAAUAACGACAAGUUCUUCACCCACCCCAAGAACGCCAAAGCGCUGGCGGCCUACCUCUUUGCACACAACCACCUCUUCUACCUGAUGGAGCUGUCCACGGCCCUCCUGCUGCUGCUGCUGUCCCUGUGCGAGGCCCCCGCCGUCCCUGCGCUCCGGCUUGGCAUUUAUGUCCACGCGACCCUGGAGCUGCUCGCCCUGACGGUGGUCGUCUUUGAACUCUGCAUGAAGCUGCGGUGGCUGGGCCUCCACACCUUCGUCCGGCACAGACGGACUAUGGUCAAGACCUCUGUGCUGGUGGUGCAGUUCAUCGAGGCCAUCGUGGUGUUGGUGCGGCAGACGUCCCAUAUGCGGGUGACCAGGGCGCUGCGCUGCAUUUUCCUGGUGGACUGUCGGUACUGCGGUGGCGUCCGGCGCAACCUUCGGCAGAUCUUCCAGUCCCUGCCGCCCUUCAUGGACAUCCUCCUGCUGCUGCUCUUCUUCAUGAUCAUUUUCGCCAUCCUUGGUUUCUACUUGUUCUCCCCUAAUCCUUCAGACCCUUACUUCAGCACCCUGGAGAGCAGCAUCGUCAGUCUGUUCGUCCUUCUGACCACAGCCAAUUUCCCAGACGUGAUGAUGCCUUCCUACUCCCGGAACCCCUGGUCCUGCGUCUUCUUCAUCGUGUACCUCUCCAUCGAGCUGUACUUCAUCAUGAACCUGCUUCUGGCCGUGGUGUUCGACACCUUCAAUGACAUCGAAAAACGGAAGUUCAAGUCUUUGCUGUUGCAUAAGCGAACCGCCAUCCAGCACGCCUACCGCCUGCUCAUCAGCCAGCGGAGGCCUGCCGGCAUCUCCUACAGGCAGUUUGAAGGUCUGAUGCGCUUCUACAAGCCCCGGAUGAGUGCGGGUGAGCGCUAUCUUACUUUCAAGGCCCUGAAUCAGAGCAACACACCUCUGCUAAGCCUGAAGGACUUUUACGAUAUCUAUGAAGUCGCCGCCUUGAAGUGGAAGGCAAAGAGAAAUAGAGAACACUGGUUUGAUGAGCUUCCCAGGACAGCAUUCCUCAUCUUCAAAGGAAUCAACAUCCUCGUGAAGUCCAAAGCCUUUCAGUAUUUCAUGUACUUGGUGGUGGCGGUCAAUGGGGUCUGGGUCCUCGUGGAGACCUUCAUGCUGAAAGGCGGGAACUUCUUCUCCAAGCACGUGCCGUGGAGUUACCUCGUCUUUCUGACUAUCUACGGGGUGGAGCUGUUCCUGAAGGUCGCCGGCCUGGGCCCUGUUGAAUACCUGUCCUCCGGAUGGAAUCUGUUUGACUUCUCCGUCACAGCGUUCGCCUUCCUGGGACUGCUGGCUCUGGCCUUCAACAUGGAGCCCUUCUAUUUCAUAGUGGUUCUGCGUCCUCUCCAGCUGCUGAGGCUGUUCAAGCUGAAAAAGCGUUACCGCAACGUGCUGGACACCAUGUUUGAGCUGCUGCCCCGGAUGGCCAGCCUGGCCCUCACCCUGCUCAUCUUCUACUACUCCUUUGCCAUCGUGGGCAUGGAAUUCUUCUGUGGAAUCCUCUACCCCAACUGCUGCAAUACAAGUACAGUGGCAGACUCCUACCGCUGGCUCAAUCACACCGUGGGCAACAGGACUGUUGUAGAGGAAGGCUACUAUUAUCUGAAUAAUUUUGACAACAUCCUGAACAGCUUUGUGACCUUGUUUGAGCUCACAGUUGUCAACAACUGGUACAUCAUCAUGGAAGGCGUCACCUCGCAGACCUCCCACUGGAGCCGCCUCUACUUCAUGACUUUUUACAUCGUGACCAUGGUGGUGAUGACUAUCAUUGUCGCCUUCAUCCUCGAGGCCUUUGUCUUCCGAAUGAACUUCAGCCGCAAGAACCAGGACUCAGAAGUUGAUGAUGGCAUCACCAUUGAGAAGGAAAUGUCCAAGGACGAGCUGCUGGCUGUCCUCAAGCUGUACCGGGAGGCGCGGGGAGCCACCUCGGACGUCACCCGACUGCUCAAGAUCCUCUCGCAGAUGGAGAGAAACGAGCAAAACGCCGUGGUGUUUCUGGGACGGAGAUCAAGGACCAAAAGCGAUCUGAGCCUGAAGAUGUACCAAGAGGAGAUUCAGGAGUGGUACGAGGAGCACGCCCGGAAGCAGGAGGAACAACAGCGACAGCGGGACGGCGGCAGCGGCACCCCCGCCACCCCGCAGCCCCCAGGCGGCCGCCAGCGCUCCCAGACCAUCACCUAACCGCAGCGCACGCAAGCCAUCUCUUCUAUGCAAUAACACAAUAGUAUUAUUUUACUAUGAUGUAUCGAAAUAUGUGUAUAUAUACAUAUGCACAUAUUCAUAUAUAUGCACCUAUUUAUAUAGAGAAAAAGGAAGACAGACCAGGUCGGGUUUGGUUUGUAGCCACCUUACCCCGUUGUCCUUAACCCCAGGAGUCAGUUUGCUUGGAAGGGGCGGUAGGCCCCUAGGAGCCCUUCCCAGCACAGAAAGCUCCGGAAGGCCCUUUGACAAGAGGACCGCUGGAACAGUCUGUCCAUCUCUGCAGGGCCCGUCUUCAAAGUGGGCCGGCCCUCCUAGGCCACGGCCACACCCAUGCCGCCUUCCUGACGCCGCUUCAGGACUCGCCUCCGCUGACAGCUCCCCCACUAACUUCCCCUGUGGUCACGUCAUGGGUCUGUGUCUUGCUUUAAGGACAAAACCACUUACGAAGGAAAGAACCCACACCAUCGGGGUUCGUGUUUCUAUAUAUGAUCAUGUAACAGAACGUUCCUUUGGGAGACCCGUGCCUCGGCCCUAAUGGAAAGAGGAAUUGAGGGGCGUGAUUACCGCGUGUGGUCAGACCCCAGCCAGGGCUGGGCAGCGACAGAUCGCACGGACGCAGUUCGUGCCCCGGCUCUGUGCGCCUCUGUCUACACCCCUUUUGGAUUGGAUUUGGUUCUUGUUGCUGACAAUCCUAACGUGGCCUCGUUUGGAGUCCAGGCCCAGCAGGAGGAGGAAGGCAGGCAAGGGGCCGGCCCAUAGCUGUGCCCCAGCCCGACUCCUGAAACAGGCUUUCCCGUUUUCUGCUUGCGGCUGUCCGGCCCCCGCAACGAGGCACGCUGCUUAACUCAGGGCUCCGCUGAAGGCAACGCGGGCGCAUCGCAGGUGGACAUUGGAGUCCGCCGCUGGGAACAGCGGAGAGCACAGCCGCCUGUGGCGGCCCUGCCGUGGGACCCUUUGGGCCCCUGGCUCCUUGGCCAAGGCCUCUCUGGGAGGAGGGGCUGGUGCAGCUCCCUGAGUGCCUCCGGCACCCGGGGUGGGGGGUGGUGGUCCCUGAGAUCAGUGUGGCUGGUGAGGACCGACAGCCGAAUCCAGGGCAGGCCAUUGGGGGUGGCCACCCCGGUGAGUGUGUUCAUGGUGGCACCACAGGCAGGGUCAGAAGAGGGAGCUCAGUUCAGCUCCCCCGGGCUGCCCGUCUCUCAUGGUGUCAGGGGGCAGGGGAGCGGGGAGGCGGGGGCAGCCCCAGCCCAGCCCUAGCUCUCCAGCUGCUGGCACUGCCUCCUGUGACGCAGGAUGUCAGGGGACAGAGGUUCCGCACGCCAAGUCCUCUUCCUGGCAGGACGGGGCCUGGCCUGGGGGUACAGCACGCACCUGGCCCCACCCUCCUGGCCGUGUCCAAGGCCAGCCCAAUCCCCACAGCCAGCACUACAAGGCCCUGCCCCUCCCCAGGGGGGACAUGCGGCCAUUUUCAUUGUUACAGCACAGCCCUCUGGGGAAACAAGGGAUCGCCCAGAUUCCCACAGGGAUCAGGAGGCUGCCGUCCGUCUCUGGAGGGCCGCAGCCAUGACGGCGGCUUGGCGCCAAGCCCCAGCCAGAACCCCUGCCCCUGCCCGGAGAAGGAGCUUUGCCUGCACACUGGGCACCUUGUGCCCUGCGGUGGGCCUUUUGGAAGUGGGAGUCCACCGACCUGAGCCCCUGAGGCCUCGCUCCAGCCCCCGCCCCCCCAGGGGCUGCAGACCUGGGAGGGCACCAGGGUUGUCAAGGCCCCCCCAGGGUGAGGGCUGGUGCCAGGAAGCGGGGCUUCGGGGUCAGUCCCCCUAACCCUGUCCUGGAAAAGGCCCUGGCUUUAGCUCAGACGGGAUGAAUGCGAAGGGCCCAUCGUGCUGACAGGCCAGACUCCAGCCCCUGGUUGGCUCCUUCGUCACUGAGGCCAAGAACAGCUGUCCCCACAGGGCCACCUCUGGCCUCGUCAAGUUGAUCCCCAAACUUGCACAUAGGUUCAUGGAGCAGGGACUGGGUGUCACCCAGGGCAUCAUCUGGCUCAGAUGCCCUCAUUCCCAUGUCAGCUGAGUGAAGCCAAGCUGAGAUGCCAACGUGCCCAGGGUCAAGCAACCCAUCAGGGGCCCUGACGGCCCUGUGCCCCUGCCCCACUUUGUGUGGGACGCCAUCCAGCCCCUCCUCCCUGCUUCCCUCCCCGCACCCAGCCUUAUUCCACACCAUGCGACAAUCAUUUUGUACGGAUAGCGGGAACAACCCUGAAGUUUUGUACAUUGGUGAUUUGUUUCCUAGAAAACCCACUGUGUCCUGAACUUCUGGCAUAUUAAUAA